GUUUUUUAUCAACCUCCCGCAGCCUGCGAAACCCACAGUGUGCCUCUGUCCUUUGCCACAAACAUGAGGUUCAAAUUCCCUCUCAUGGCCAUUGGCCUGGAGGUUGCCAUGAUUGUUUUAUUCGGAUUAUUUGUUCAGUAUGAAAAGGAUCAGAAUAUUCGCCAGCAGCUCAGCAGCUCCAAUUCGACAGAUGUGGACAGAUUCUCUGAGUUAUACCCUCUGUUCCAAGAUGUGCAUGUUAUGAUAUUUGUUGGGUUUGGCUUCCUCAUGACUUUCCUGAAGAAAUAUGGCUUCAGCAGUGUGGGCAUCAACCUACUGAUUGCUGCUCUGGGCCUCCAAUGGGGCACUCUUAUGCAGGGGAUCCUGCACAGCCAUGGACAUAAAAUCCACAUUGGAAUAAAAAAUUUUAUUUGGGAUUUGCAUUAUUCUUUAAUGUAUUCUUUCUCUUUCACAGCCACAGUUCUGAUUUCUUUUGGAGCUGUCCUGGGGAAAAUAAGUCCACUCCAAAUGCUGAUCAUGACAAUCAUAGAAAUAGCUGUCUUUGCUGGCAAUGAACAUCUGGUUGCUGAGAUAUUUAUGGCCACUGAUAUUGGAGCAUCGAUGACGAUUCAUGCCUUUGGGGCCUACUUUGGCUUGGCUGUAGCAGGCGUCUUAUAUCGGCCAGGCCUGAGACGGGGACAUGACAAUGAGGAGUCUGUGUACCACUCGGACUUGUUUGCAAUGAUUGGGACUCUUUUCUUGUGGAUAUUUUGGCCCAGCUUUAAUUCGGCCAUCGCUGAAGCCGGAGACAAAGAAUACAGGGCCGUGGUAAACACAUACUUCUCUCUUGCUGCCUGCGUGCUCACAGCCUACGCCUUCUCCAGCCUCGUGGAGCACCGAGGCAAGCUCGAUAUGGUACACAUUCAGAAUGCAACCCUGGCUGGAGGCGUUGCUGUGGGCACCUGUGCGGACAUGGCGAUCCACCCAUACGUUUCUAUGAUCAUCGGGAGCAUCGCAGGAAUGGUCUCCGUACUUGGAUUUAAGUUUCUGACUCCAGUUUUUGCUACUAAACUGAGGAUCCACGAUACAUGUGGGGUCCAUAACCUGCAUGGCUUACCUGGUGUGGUAGGAGGCCUCGCAGGCAUUGUGGCAGUGGCCUUGGGAGCAUCUGACACGUCUACCCCAGUCAUGCAAGCAGCUGCCCUGGGUUCUUCCAUUGGUGCAGCCCUUGCUGGAGGGCUGAUCACAGGUUUGAUUCUAAAGUUACCCAUCUGGGGACAGCCAUCUGACCAGAACUGCUAUGAUGAUUCUGUCUUUUGGGAGGUCCCUAGGUGGAGAGAACAUGACCAUCAUUUCCAUGAACAUCAUGGCCACAACCACUUGGAACCUGAACUCUAAGUUUCAUUCCUCUGCCUCAGCUUCCUUUCCCUUCAUCUAGAAUCAAGUUUAAAUAGAUAAAAUGCAUCCAAUGAAAAUACGGACCAGAAUGGAAGAUCCUGACCUGCAAAUGUUCAGUGUAAAAAUGUCUUAGCAUAAUGUUGUGUUUUCUCUUGAUAUCCACUGAUUGUUUAGUUGAGGGCAUAUGACUCAUAAAGCAGAUGGUCAAGCCUGGCCAGUGUGGGUCAGUGGGUGAGCAUCAACCCAGGAAUGAAGAGGUCACUGGUUUGAUUCCCGAUCA